CUUAGGACCUGAAAUUGGUGAGCUUCCCCAAGUCAAGUAACCUCACUUCAAGACAGACCAAGAUGGUUGCCCCGGUACAGAGCAUGUUCAAAAAGCUGGCUAUCAGCUUUCCACCCGACCGGGAAGGUCACCUGUCGCCGGAACGAGCCGCCGUGCUCCUACAACGUUCCCACACUUUUGCAGAUCAGCGGGGGUUUGAGUGGGUCGUUGCUGACAAGCCUGUUGACGGGUCGAUAUUCGCCUUCCAACUAUCGUCCAUGGAGCAACUUCCUGAAGAUGGGUUUGGCUGGAUGGACGAUGAAACGGUCACGACUGCAUAUGUGAAUGACAAGGAGAUGGAGAUUUACAUACGAAACCUAGGCUUCGGGUUUGGCGACACGAUCACUUCAAUGACACGGCGACGUUAUCGUCUCAGCAACUCCACACUCCAAAUCAUGCACUAUGUUCGGGCGGCAGAUGCGGCUCACCAGCUUCCCGUAUACCCCCAACUCAUCCGAGUGGCACCCAGGGAUCCAGCAGCGUUGCAGUCGCUGGCCUCGCCGGCAGGAGCUCCACCGCCGUCGAGUCAGGGGUAUGGACAUGGUCCGCUGGGGCCUCGUUACGCCGAUACGCCAUCUGCGAAACAUGCUCCACCGCGGAAAAGGAAUAGGGCAAAGCAGGCAGCGCCUGUCAGACCAGUGGACGAUGAGUACGAGAUUUCCGGAGAUGAAUUGGACGACGCAGUGGAGCGACUCGUAGCGCUCGAAAGAUACAAGCGAAACCACGAGUACAUGGACAUGAUCCUCUCCCCUCACAACGUUGCCAAUAUUAUACCGUCGCCGCUGCUACCUGAUGAUGACCCGGAGAAGAUUGAAGCUAGAAGGCGGGAGCUGGCACGACUGGAGAGUGAGAUGAGUGAGACGGCGGAGGCGAAGAGGCGGGAGCUGGAUGACUUCAAAAGCUCAAUGGGCCGAUUGUCGGGAGAGAUACAACAGAUCAAGCAUGCGCGGUUCUCAUAGAAAUGAUUUAGAAGUGUGACUCGAAGCGCUUCUCAAUGGGCCACCAUCCCGAUCCUAUCGCUUCAGACGACGCCGAGGUCUAGCACUUCGGCACUAUAUAAUCCCAGCGGACGGAUCUCAGAUCAACGU